CACAGUGAGGAAACAGAAAUGAUCAUGCAAGUGCCUUUUCCGUACGAAUGCAUUGACAACAUCAUCUCACUGACCACUCCUGCAGAUGCCUGCAGACUGUCAUUGGUCUCUACGCGUUUCAAGUUCGCUGCAGAAUCCAAUCAAGUUUGGGAAAAAUUCCUUCCCAGUCCGCAUCUUAUCCAUGCGAUCGAAUCCCAGUCCACGUCUUCAUCAACAUUUGUGCCUGCCAAGUCCAAGAAGGAGUUUUACCUUGCGCUGUGCGAUAACUCAGUCCUCAUGGAUAAUGGGAAGAUGAGCUUUUCAAUGGACAAAUGGAGUGGGAAAAAAUGUUACAUGAUAUGUGCAAGGGAACUUAAUAUUGUUUGGGCACAAGAUAAAUCUAGAUAUUGGAGUUGGAUAUCUCUGGCUGAGUCCAGGUUUAAGGAGGUGGCUUCUCUAGACGAGGUUUGUUGGCUCGAAAUACGUGGGAAAAUCGAUAUGAGUAUUCUGUCUCCAUGGACUCUCUACAAAGCUUAUCUUGUGUACAAGUUAACAGAAGACGCAUAUGGAUUCGACGUGCCUGUGGAGGUCGCAAUUGCUGAAAGGCAUUAUGGAUUUGAAUACGGACCUCUGGAUGCCGCACUUGGUGGAGAUGAAAAUAAGCAGACAGUGUAUCUCGAUCCAAGUCUGGAAAUUAUGGAUGGAGCUCGACGUCCAAAUGAAAGAGCGGACGGCUGGUUGGAGAUGGAGCUGGGUGAGUUUCUAUGCCAAGCAGAAGAAGAUGGAGAGUUGGAAAUGAUGUGCGCGGAGUAUAAAAAUCUGUGUUGGAAGAGUGGUCUUAUUGUGCAGGGAAUCGAGGUCAGGCCAGAAAGGAAGGAAUACUCCAAGGCCAAAGGCAAGGCAGGAUAUUUCAGAGCCAAAGGCAAAAAGCCUGUUUUCUAG